AUGGCAAAAACAAUCAAACCCAUCAAGACCCUCGAUAUAGAAACCUUCUCAUCACAUCUCGAUCAUCCCCACGUUUUCUCCGGCUCCUCGUUUUCUUUCCCCUCAACCGACCCAAAUGCCAUGCGGGACGAAUGUGGGAUUUCGAGCACUCACGCGGACAAAAGCAAAAGCUUCUACGGAGAGAAGAAGCAUUGCAUGCAUUGCGACAGCUUCUCGUCCGUGAAUUCGGAUAAUCUUUCGACAUGCACCGGGGGGCUCGGGAUCGAGAGCUUCUUGAAAGACGAAGCCUUCACCAACAAUAACGGCAAAUGCGGGAAGCCGUUUGUGAGCUUUAGGUCAUUCAGGCAAGACGGGAGGUUCAUUCUUAAGGAGAUAAGGAUCCCGGAGCUACUGCACGUGCAACGUGAAAACGGGCGGUUGAAGUUAAACUUCAUUCAGUCCGAUGACGAUGAUGAAGAAGAUCGAGAUGAUGAUGUUGAUGAUGAUGGUGCUAUCGAUGAAGAUGGAAAAGCGGAACAUGUUCAGAAGAUACAAUGA